AUGUCCUUCUCCAAGCACACCAUGGUUCUCAACCUCUGUGCGUUGUAUUUGGUCGCAGCGCUUUUCGCGUUUACUCGGGCGCAGAAAGCCAAUACUUCACCGCUGAUUAUUGCGCCUAGCGGGAAGUGGGACGGUGCAGACGGCCCUUGGUCAACGUUCAACUUCGGAGUUGGUGAUCCUAUACAACCUUUUCGAUGCCUCCCCGGUAUAUCGUUUCCGUUCAUCGUUCUGCCCGUGCAAAGCGAUUGGUGCAACGAAACCUGCGAAGCGCAGACAACCAUUUUUCGUCCCGAGGGGUCCUCGACGUGGCGCAUUGCAGGCUUAUGGAGCGUAAACGGAUAUGACGACAUAACCGGAUAUGACGACGGUAGUUCGACGUCUAACGACUCCUCUGCUAUAUUUGGCGUUGAUAGCGUAUCCCUCGGACACCGUACGAAAGAUAUUUUGAUUUCUCAGUACUAUGUCCUUGGCAGCCGGUCCAAAAGAUUCUACGUUGGUACAUUUGGCCUCGCGGUCGGCUCAUCCUGGCUUUCAAAAGAGAUUGAUAAACCUAAAGUUUUGGACAGCUUGUAUGACGCUGCACACUCGAUUCCUAGUCGAAGCUUCGGCUACACGGCAGGGUCUGCCACGAGGAACAUAUUGGGCAGUCUAGUUUUGGGCGGAUACGACGCAUUGCGAUUCGAUGAUUCAACAACAACAACCUGGUCCUUUGUGAGUGCGCAGAACACCACGUGCAUCGUACAACUGGCUGGUAUCAGUGUCACGAACACGGGCGACACUGUCACAGAACCUCAGACCUACAACGCAGAUUUCACUCCAGGACCGAUCAGAAUCGACUCCUCAGUCCCCCAAAUCUGGCUACCAGAACAAGCAUGCAAGGUAUUCGAAAUAACCUUCGGGCUCACCUGGGACAACUCGUUGAAGCUAUAUCUAAUCAACGAAACGACGCACGAGCGACUGACACGCGAUAAGCCCGCGGUACGAUUUACCCUAAAUUCUGGAACAAAAUCGGUCAACUAUACAUUUCCAUACACAGCUUUCACUCUAACACUUGCCUUCCCGUUUGUUGAUAAGUCCACAUACUACUUCCCAUUGAAACGAACUUCAAAUCCCACGCAAUAUAUGCUCGGUCGCGCCUUCCUACAGGAAACAUACAUAACAGUGGACUACGAACGCUCAAACUUCAGCAUAAGCCAAGCGUAUCCAGACGGUGGCUCCACCAUGAUAGUUUCUAUACAAAAUACGACCUUCCUUCUAUCUCCGAGCCCUGAUUCGAACGAAUCCAACGGACUCUCCACGGCAGCCUAUGUGGGUAUUGGCGUCGGCGCAGGCAUCGGGGCGCUGGUAGCGGUCGGUGUGCUUGUGGCAUGGAGGCAACGAUGGCGCCGGAACAAUGGAAAUCUGCGCGAUUAUUUUAGAAAAGCGGAGUUGCAUGGCGAUCAUAGGCCGAGGGUGGAGGUUAUGGGCAAAGAGAGGCUAGAGCUGGGUGCUGCGUCGAGUACCUCCACCUACAAAACAAUGAAGAAGGAGAUAUCAGAGCUGGAGACUGUGGAAUAUGCGGUUGAGAUGAGUGGUGGGGAGGCGCUGGCAGUCCCAGGUAUUACUCUGCUGCAUGAACUGCCUGGUCGUGAUGAAAGCGAGCGGAGUGUUUAGUGUCCAUAUUAUUGAAAAUCACAUCUGAAUAGCGACC